AUGUUGCCCAAACCUGGAAUCUAUUACUUCCCCUGGGAGGUCAGUGCCGGCCAAGUACCAGAUGGGGGCUCGCUGAGAACAUUUGGCAGGUUGGAGCUCUACGACAUGACCCAGUCCAGAGUGACCUUGGGGGCUCUGCGUGGGUCUGAGAAGCACCAGGUCUUGGUCUGUACGGAGCUGGUGGAGCCAUUCCAAGCCCAGGUGGGCUCCCUGUAUAUGGUUCUUGGGGAACUCGAUCACCAGAAAGAUGUUGGGGCUGUGGUGAAGGCCCGGGUGCUGACAUGCGUGGAGGGGAUGAAUCUCCCUUUGCUGGAACAAGCGAUCCAAGAACAGAGGACGUACCAGCAACAGAGGGACAAGGCGGAGCUCUGGGGACAGGGGCCCCCUGCACCCUGGCCCUGGUGUGGACCAUGGAGAGUUCCAGAAGGGAACGCCCAGCAGGCGGCGUGCUGGCUGCACGUGUGCACGUGGUGCAGCGCCGGGGAGGGGCCAGCAGGGGGAGUCAGGGACACGCCCUGCCCGGGAGAUACUCGUGGACGCCGGGCUUCUGCUGUCCGCAGGGACCCCUGGGCAGCCCCUCUUGGCAGCCUCCCUGGACCCCAGAGGCUGGGCUUGGCCGCAGAGGGAAGGAGCGCUGAGCGAGGGAAGUUUGGACCCUCGUGCGCACCGUAG